AUGAACGUGUUUGAGCGCAACAUGAACUUUGACGCCCUCUUCAAGUUCUCCCAAAUAUCUCAUUCUACGCAGCUGCACUUGAAGAAUGUGUACUCCUGCUUGGCGGUAUGCAUGUUACUGGCCGCCGCCGGUGCCUACACGCACGUGGUCUUGCGCCUCGUUCAGGGAGGUUUUCUCUGUGGACUGGCGUCGCUGGGAAUGCUGGUGUGGCUGGCCAUGACGCCGCACAACCCUGACACGGAGAGAAAGAGGCUGGGCAUCUUGGCGGGAUUCGCCUUCCUCAACGGUGUCGGCCUCGGACCCACUUUGGACCUUAUCAUCGCCAUAAAUCCCAGCAUUAUCGUCACAGCCUUCCUGGGAACUUCUCUGAUUUUCAUCUGUUUCACACUCAGCGCCCUCUACGCCAAACGUAGGAGCUACCUGUUCCUCGGAGGCACGCUGAUGUCCGCCAUGGGAAUCUUCUUACUUAUUUCCAUCGCCAAUAUAUUCAUCGGAUCUAUUGUCAUCUUCAAGGUUCACCUGUACCUGGGCCUGCUUGUGAUGUGCGGCUUCGUGCUGUUCGACACUCAGCUCAUCAUCGAGAAGGCUGAGAACGGUGACAAAGACUACGUGUGGCACUGUGUCGACUUGUUCCUGGACUUCAUCACCAUUUUCAGGAAGUUGAUGGUCAUCCUGGCCCUCAAUGAGAAGGACACCAAGAAGAAGGAAAAGAAGUAG